AUGGUGCUCAGUUCUCGUGAUGAGAGUUCGGAACCAAGAGUAAGAUGGACUGCAGAUACUGUUGACAACGAAAUGAUGGGUAAAAAGAAAUCGAAGUGUUGUUGCAUCUAUAAAAAACCACGGAAAUGGGACGAGGAUUCAGAUUCAAGUGAUUCUGGCAAAUGCCAGUUUACACUACAAAAAAUAGAUAUUUGUGGCUUGAUAAUAAAUGCAUCAAGUUUAGGAUUGCGAGACAGGUCACUGUCGUGGACAUGUAGAGAAGAGGAAGCCACACGGUGGGAAUGCGGAUCAACCAGGGCCGAGCCGCACGACUUGAUAAAUGGGCGGUGUUAUGAUGGGCCACGAUGGCAGUCGUGGCUUUUGGCCUGUGAGCGGUUAUAUCCCAUGUUAGUCUUUUUUCCUGUUGGGUCUUCAUGCUUAUCCUACCAUGCAGUUAUCCUUACAGAGCAUCAUAUUGUUUGUGAUUAUGGAACACUUGUACAGUUAUAUCAGCAGGUUUCCCAAGGAUGUUAUGCAUUUUCAAUGUUAUUUCCACUAGUAAAUUUCGAAGGGUUGCAUGAUUUGUACACAGCAGUGCGUGUUGAAGACGGCUUCUCGUAUGAGACAGCUGAGAAAUUCUAG